GACAUGCGCCACGCUCUGGAGUCUGCCACAGACUCACUGAGCCAGGAACUUCGAAGCGCUCUAAAGGAGCGGCAUUCUGUCGAGGCUGAAGCUGCCAGAGCCCGCGAGACUUGUGAGAGGCUCAGGGCGGAGCGAGAAGCCCUUUCCGAAGAGCUGUUCGUAUCUCAAACCAAUGUGCGGUACAUGCGCGGAAGAAAGGGGGGAGUGGCUACAAGGCUCGCCUUCGCUCGGGUCAUGGAAUUUGCUGUGUAA